UAAUGCUGUUGUAACUUUAACACAAAACAGUAUUCAGCAGUUAAAAAAUCAUAAAGGCUAAAGAGCGAAAUAUACUUAGUGAUAUGUACCAGGUUAGGUUUGACAAAUUAUUUGAUAUCGACUAUCGAGAGGCAUUCUGUGGUUGUUAAGAUUUGUUGAUGUUGCCUGCUGCGCAGUGAAAUGCAUUAACCGCCCGCCGGUGAUGUGAAAUCCAAAUGUGUAGCAGCAUGGAUCGAGGCAUACAGCCCGUUGUUCAUUCUUCGCCGCAAAUCCGUUCAGCCAGUGGGUUAUCGCAGACCGUUCUGCAAGGAUGCAAAUCAUCCUUGAUUACAUCACAGGCCAUAACAUCCAGCGGAUCGCCGGGACUGAAUCAGAUUUUCAACGGCGGCGUACCCGUGGGCACGGUUGUGGUUCUCGAGGAUAGACCAUGUCAUCUGUACAGUCGUCACUUUAUGCUGCUGUUUGCCGCGGAGGGUUUAUCCGUUGGUCAUCGCGUAUGUGUAGCCGCAGCGCGGUCGGUGGAGAUUAAAGAGUUUAUCUCGGAUAUUCCUCGGAAAGUUACGGGGGAGGAGAGUUCUGGUCUGAAUGAAGGUUUGCGGAAUCCACUUCCUGAGUCUAUUGGAGAUCGCCAAGGGGAUGGUUUAAAAAUUGCCUUCCGGUAUGAAAGCCUUCCGAAAAUUGAUUCCGUACUGGGCGCAUCCCAUGCCUCCGCGCCAUCUGAACCGCAGUAUGAUUUGGGAAGAAAAAUUGACGCUUCUCAAGUGGAAACAGUCGGCUAUUUCACGCAUUCGCAUUCUUCAUCGCCCGCUGUUCCAUCCAGAAUACACAGGCUUCUGGAGUGGAUUCUUAAUGAAGCUGGCAAAAUUCCUCGCCAAAAUGUCCUUCGAGUUUGCCUGCCCGCUGUAGAUUCUCCGCUAUGGAAUUUCCAUGAUUCUCAUGAAUUUUUCCGAUUCCUUUUUCAGCUGCGAACUCUCGCCCGGCAAAAUAGUUUAAUAAUCUCCUUAAGCAUAUCCCACUCGUUGCACUCUCCAGCUGAUUUGUUCCGGAUACGGCGAUUAAGCGACGCAUACGUUGUUCUGGAGACAUUAAAGAGCGAGAAAAAGCACGCGCUGUAUCGCGACUAUCAGGCGCUAUUCCGCAUUGAAAAAACCUUCGCUGUCAAUGUUCUUCGUCCGCCGGUAAUUUUGGAUUGUGAAUAUGGGCUUAAAAUUAAAAGGAGGAGAGUUCUACUGGAAAGGCUACACCUACCGCCAGCAUUACCAGAAACCGCGCAGCGAGAAACCACGGAUCAUCCCAGUGGAAUCAGAAGCACCAUCGGUGGCCUUGUUGGUAAUCAGCUUGGAUGCCAGGCUGCGACGGAGCGUAAUUUGGAUUUCUAAUAAGGAAUUUAUUUUUCUAAAGUAUUACUGGAUAUUUUAUUUUGAGUGCGUUUAACACUUCCAUGUGCCUUUUCAAAUCGGUGAUGUCUUCGCUUUAUUUUUAAUUGUUAUUAACUUGUGAUUUUUUAACUCGAUGGUGUUAUUUCUCACAGUUAAUUUUGAAAGCAUUUGUUUCCGGUUGUGGAAACUGGAAACCCUUUGUUCUGUAGUUCUAUGUAUUUGUUGUUAGUUCUAAAUUCUGAUUGUGUUCAAAUGCGUUAACCUUUUAACGUGUUGGAUGUAUCGAAUGGUAGAGCUGGUUGAAUGACUGGACUUGGAUCAAAAUUUUAUUUCAUAUAAAAGCAACAA